UAGAAAUAAAUGUUUAAAGUUUGAACACGUCCAGUUCAAAAUCGAAAACUCCAAGAUGGGAUUCGUUUUGUCGAAAUUUCGGAAGGAAAAAUCAACGGAGGAGGUUCUGGAGGCCCUGCAAGUACAGAUCAAAGACCUGGAGAAAUACAUGAUAAAUACUCAAGAGAGGAAGCGGAGCUUCGUCACGAACUUUCUAGGAAUCACAAUUGGCGCAUACAUCGUUGGUUUUGGAUUAUGGUGUUGCUUUUACUUUCCACCGACGUGGAAAGAGCGCAUCGUGUACUUGGUACCGCUGCUCCUGUUCCCCGUUAUCAUCGUCUUCAUGCGGCAGAUGUUUACGUGGUACUUUCAGCGCAAGCUCAACAAAAAUGGCGAUAAGCUGGCCCAGCUGAAGGAGAAGAAGAAAAAGAUAUUAGAGCAGGUCAUGGACAAAGAGAUCUACAAGGUGGCAGUGAAUCUCCUGGAACGCUUCGGGGACAGGAAGUUAAACAAGCCGUUUAGUCGUUCCACCGCAAUGAAGCCUCAACAAACGCCACAACCUGCAGCAAGACUGCCAGGAGCCAGUACGCAGCAGAGAUUGUUGACUCCGUAUAGCAGCGUCUACCGCAACGUCAACAACAACAAUCUAAACAGCUCGACACAGUCGAUGACGUCAGCAUCUCCGAAUGUGGGCGCAGUGCAGGAACUGCGUCGGCGUACGCAUUUUCCAGUGGUAGAUCAGAACCGGUCACGCAGCGCAGUGGACCGUAUUGUAGACUUCAUUGUAGGAGACACUCCGAUUCGCUACGGCAUGAUCUGCAAAGAGUGCGAUGGCCAUAACGGUAUGCUGCCGGAGGAUGAAUAUGUUUUCACUUCAUUUCGUUGUGCCUUUUGCAAUGCUUUAAACCAAGCGCGCAAGAAGCGACCAGUGGCUCCUCGACUCUCACUAAAUCAGCAAACACCACCUUCAAACAAUCGCAUCGAUAAGGAGGAUGUUGAGGCCAAUCCCAAAAUCCAAAGUGCAGCAACUGUGACCGAAAUAGGAGCAAUGGAGAAUGAAACUACUGAGGCUGUAGCUGAGGAAGCUGCUGGAGUGGUCGAGGUCGACAGCAAAGCCGAAGCUGAAGAAGCUGCUGGAGCUGGCGACAGCAAAGCUGAAGAAGCAUCAAGCUCCUAAACGAUCGCCCUCAUCAGCUUUAGGCGCGAGUUAAGCAAAGUUUUUACAUGGUUUGCUUAAUAGUUUACUAAUUUAACACUUUGUUGGUAAAAAAAAAUGGAAAGAUUUACUUCUGUUAGCCUGAAUUAAAAAAAAAAUAUGUCAAAGUGCAGAUAUUAAACUGCCUCCUUUUUUUUGCAAAAAAAAAAAAAAAUAAAUAAAAAAUAUGGACGGACUUCCCGAAUGGCGGAACCGGGACCAA